GGGCGGGGCCGCUGCGGGGAGGGCGGGGCCGGGUCCAGCGCACGGUGUCCGUUCCGGUUCCGCUGGCGGCGGCAUGGCGCGCAGCACGCUCUCGUCCCGAUUCCGCCGCCUCGACAUCGACCAGUACGACGAGAACCGGUUCGUGGAGGAGCCCGAGGAGGCGGCGGCGGCCGAACCCGACGCGGGGCCCGAGGUGGAGGCGCUGCUGAGGCAAGGGGACGCGCUGCGGGCGCUGCUGGCGGCGCUGCGGAGCGCGGCGGGGAGCGGCCGGAGCCCCGCGGGGAAGGAGCAGGCGCAGGGAACGAUGCUGAAGGUCCUCACGUCUUUUAAAAGCAGUGAAAUAGAGCAAGCGGUGAAUUCCUUGGACAGGAACGGCAUUGACUUGCUAAUGAAGUACAUUUAUAAAGGAUUUGAAAAGCCAACAGAAAACAGCAGUGCAAUAUUGCUCCAGUGGCACGAAAAGGCUUUAGCGGUCGGUGGCCUCGGUUCCAUAGUGAGAGUUCUGACAGCCAGAAAGACUGUUUAAAGGACUGGAAACUGAACCAAGACCACCAUCAGUUUUGGACUCGGAAGAAGGAAUUAGCUGAAAUGACACUGGUCCAUCUUUGUUAGAGAUCGCAAUCUACUGAAAUACUGUGGAAACCUCCUCUCGGAAUGUGUGUAACCUUAGAGGUGGGGCAGAGCAAAGGUAUUGCUGCGUAUUCCGACUGUCAAACACAGGAGCCGAGCCGUUCUCCUGUAAGCACAGAUAUUUCCAAAUGCUGCUUUAUCCAGGUGUGGUGACACAAGAUCCCGCGUGUGCUGCUUACGCGAGGGUGGAGUCCGAGCGCCGGGGCGGGAGGAGCGCUGGAGGCUGCCGGUUGUGCAUGGGGGCGAAGGACGAACUGGACUGGGGGCUGGUCUCAUUGCAAGUGCCUGCUGCAUCAAUAAAGUUCUUGGAUCGCGA